AUGUUUAAAAAACCAGCCCAAAUCAAACCAUCUUCAAAUAUCAAAACUUCUGAAAGAAAAAGGCUAUUGUCAUGUAUUGCAGAUGCGUAUUCUUUGCCUCUUGAAGAACUAACUAAGGAGGAAACUGAAAAAAUACUUCCAUCGACAAUCAAAAAGGCCAGUUUUGUAUCCUUUGAAAAAGUUUCCGGGUCAAUUUAUUUUGAUGAGAAUGAAGUCCCUGUUUGGUUCCAUACCCGAGACUCGGAUAUAUAUCCUACUAUAUUCACGUUAAUGAAGUAUCCAACUAUUUUGCCAACAAUUGCCACACAUCCACAUGUUCUCGGAGUAUUAGCUAAGGGAGCCGACCUCAUGUUACCAGGAACAGUUCCUCCAUUUGAUAAGCGAGCAGUCAAGGGUGCGAUUGUGGGGAUUGUAAGUCACGACAAUCCCCAAAAAGUCACUGCCAUUGGUCAUUGUAAAUUGAACAUGACACAGUUUGAUUCAGUGGUGGGUAGAUCAGGUGUUGCAGUGGAAAUCAUUCACCAUUUAGAUGAUACAUUAUUGGAGAAGAAAGAAUUAACAAUUCCAGUGUCAGAUACUGUCAAAGAGCAAUCUAACGAAACGGUACCAGAACCCAAACCCGCCAAAGAACAGAAACAUGAACUUCCUGAAUUGACUACAGAGGAAAUUGAUAAUUUGUUUAUUAAAUCAAUAAAGUCAGUGAAUAAUAUUGAAUUACCCACACCUGCAUCUACAUUUAUGUCAUAUGUUAACAAAAAUGUACCAUCUAGUAUUACUAUGAAGAAAACGUCUUGGAAAAAGGCUUCCAAAUUUUUAAAGGAAAUGGCCAAACUUAACUAUAUUAAAGUGAAAGGUAAGGACGAAGAAUUAUCCAUAAUUCAACUAAAUAUCACUACUAGUGAGUCGAAUGCAACCCCGAAAACAAAAUCUAAACCUACAUCUACAUCUAAUGCAUCCCCGAACACCCUAAAGGUUAUUCCACUUUACAAGCCAACGAAAAAUCUUCGUUUAUUUUUCAAUAAAUUGGAUGCUGAAUAUGAUGAGUAUUUUACUGCAGCCGCUGCAAAAUCGUUGUUAGAGUCUUAUAUCAAGAAAUUUUCAUUGGUUGCUGAUGAUCCCAAACUUAUUAAACCAGAUGCAGAAUUGGGUACAAAAACUGAAAUGCCUCGUGAUCAGUUGUUGAAACACUUUCUUACCAAAUUUUCUCCAUAUUAUCAAAUUAACAACUCUGUGGUUUAUAAGGGGACACCACCAAAGAUUGAAAUUGUUACAGAACUAAAGAUUGGAAGAAAAGUCGUUACUAGAGUUUCCAAUUAUGAAAAAUUUGAAAUCAAGACCGAAACUUUAGCUAAAGAAUUGAGAAAUAAAUGUUCCGGUUCUUCUACAAUUGUUGAUAAUGAUGUUCAAGUACAAGGUCCUCAUGGUAAAUUGAUUAUAGACAUAUUAAAAGAGAAAGGAGUUCCUGUGUCGUAUAUUAAUUUUGAGGAUAAAACGAAAAAGAAGAAAAAUAAAAAAUAG